AUGCACCCGACAAAGAUCACCACGCUCAUGGCCCUGCUCGCCAUUGGCGCCCCGGCCAUGGGCCGCGCCGUGGACGCCCCGAUUCCCAACCGCGCCAGCCCGACCGCCCCUCGAGGCGCGGUCACCAAGCCCGUCAAGCUAAUCUUUGCGCGCGACGACUCAUCCGCCCUUGAUGCGCGAGCACCUCGGACGGUAUUUACGCCCAUCAAGGGCCCCGUUAACCUGCCGAUACUUGGCCGCGACGACCCGUCCGCCCUCGAGGCGCGGGCUCCGCAGUUCCUCAAGCCUAUCAAGGGCCCCGGCAAUAUCAAGUUGCUGGUCCUUGGCCGCGACGACUCGUUGCUCCUCGAAGCAGGGAGUUCUCCGAAGCUCUUCAACCCCCACGAGCCCCCCCAGCAAGGCAGCCUUUGGCCGCGACGGUGA